UUUGUCACUGAGCGCAACGUCACAGCGCGUGCGUUUGACAGUAGUGUCCGUGGUAAUGUUUUUCGCUGUGUCUUAAACAGUUAUCUUUGAACAGGCAGCAAUGACGAAUGAGGGCAAAGAAAAGCCUCGGUUUUAUACCUGUGACUGUUUCACGACUGAUAACAUUUUCCUGGAGGAAUACAAGCUUCAUGUUCGUUUUGUGUCCGAGCAGCAGUUCAGGCUGGACUACCAAGCACUGCUGAAGAAGUUGGGCUGCGUCACGGAUGAACAGUUUGAGGGAGUGCUCAACAAGAUUUCCCAGGAAGUGGCCAGACGAAAGUAUCUAGGUGUGACAUCUGCUCAAAGAGCUGCUGCUAUCAAAGAUAUGUACCAGCCUCUGCAUCCUCAUGUCUACCAUCUCCAGGAGUCCUACCUUGCUUCAGAGUUCAAACAGAUUGUUGAGUACUGUCAAAGCAGCAGUGCCACCGAAGAAGGCCUCUUAGACUUGUUGGAGGAACAAGCAGCUCCAAGAGUGUAUCGCUUUCCUUUGUUUGACAAGAGCUUCUGUGAGGAUCUGAUGGAGGAGUUGGAGCACUUUGAGCAGUCUGGAGCCCCUAAAGGAAGACCCAACACAAUGAACCAGUAUGGGAUUCUCCUUAAUGAGCUGGGCUUUGACGAGCACUUCAUCACACCUCUCCGUGAACAGUACUUGCUGCCACUCACCUCCCUGCUUUAUCCAGACUGUGGGGGGCGCUGUCUGGAUAGUCACAAGGCCUUUGUGGUCAAAUAUGACAUGAAUGAAGAUCUGGACCUGAGCUACCACUAUGACAAUGCAGAAGUCACCCUGAAUGUUUCACUGGGCAAGGAGUUCACUGAGGGCAACCUUUAUUUUGGUGAUAUGAGACAGGUUCCUGUAAGUGAGACGGAGUGCUCAGAGGUUGAACACAGGGUGACUGAGGGCCUCCUCCAUCGGGGUCAACAUAUGCACGGUGCUUUACCCAUCUCUUCUGGUCAGCGCUGGAACCUCAUCAUCUGGAUGAGAGCCUCACAGGAACGAAAUAAACAGUGCCCCAUGUGCAACAGGACCCCCACAUUGGUGGAAGCGGAGGGCUUUGCUGAUGGCUUCACAAAACACUCUGAGCCACCACAGAACAUCUCAUGUGCGCUGACGUGAUGCAUCCAGUUCCUUUUGACUAAAGACUGGACUGGCUGAUUAUAGGAAAAUGUUAAAGUGAAUGAAUUCUUAUGGAGCACUAUGACUCAUUUGAAAUUGGGAUGAUUCUUUUAUAAAUAUUAGUAAUAGUCAAUUCAGAUUUAUUUAUAUACCGCCAAAUCACAACAAUAGUUGCCUCAAGGUGUUUUAUAUUGUCAGGUAAAGACCCUACAAUAAUAGAGAAAAGCCGAACAAUCAGAUAACCCCUCCCUAUGAAUAAGCACAUUGCGACAGUGGGGAGGAAAAACUCAGUUUGAACAGGAAGAAGGAGGCUUGGGGAGGAACAGUCAUCUGCGGUGAAUAGUAGUAAUAAUAAUACUGUGCUCAGAUAUUCAGUGCAGUGCCCUGUUUUUUAAUAUUUUCUAGAGAUAAUAUUGCCAGUCAUCAUGGGAUAUUGCAUUUUCAGAAUCACCAAUCAGAUCUUAUUAAAACAGUUUAAAACUUUGACUUUUUACUAAAAUAAGGAUUUAGAAUUCUCUUUUUCGCCCUGGAAGUUUUUCUUCUACCAACUUCUUUGUUGUUGCACAAUUGUCCUUUGGAUUUCAGUCAUCAGUAGGUGUCUCUUGUAUGUUUGAGAAUCUACAAAGUCAGAAUUUGUACGGGGUCAUCUAUCAUAUUUUAGAUCAAUGCAUUUCUAAGAAGAUGGCAUAUUUGUUUAUAAAUGUAUUUAUUGAAGUGUGUGGCUGCAGAAGUCCACAUUGCUCAUGUUAAAGCCUUGUUGUAUUCCCCCACCCGAUACAUGAGGUUUAAUGUUUAGCAAAAUGUGCCUCAUUGGUCUUGGAUCAGAAAGAAUGAAAGCACUGCUAGAAUAAUCAACAUUUGCUAAGCCACAGAUUUGGCUGCGAUACAUCCCUGCUGUAUACCUCUGAGGAAAAAACACAUGCACAGUUUGAAAUAAUGGAAGUUUAAUUACACAAAUUCUGUUAGUUCAUUAAUAUUCUUUGUGUGUAAAUGUCUUCACUAUGUGGUUGAAGUAAUUAAUUUCUCACAGAUUUUUUUAAGAACACUAAUAUGAACCUGCUCGCUACAUCUUACAAAAUAAAUGGAUUCUUUUCAACAAA